GUAUACACCAUAGUUUAUCAUUGCCUUUGGCUGAGCAGAAGACUACUUUUACCGCCUUAAAGGAAAAGUGGAAGCAGUGACAAACAAAGAAACAAAAAGGAAUCAUGGAAGAGGGCGUUCCAGAAGCAGAUAACCUCUUACGUUUAAGAGAAGUCGCAGAAAAAAACAAAGAUAAAGCAGAACAAGAACAAGAACAAGAAGAUGGGAAAGAGAAGGGAACCAACGGUGGGAUUUUGAACAAUCUGAUAUCCAACUUUAUGGCUGCAACAACAACAACAACAACAGUAGACGAAAAAUCUGGUGAAAACGUUCAGAAAUCUGAAUGUGAAGAUGAAGAUGACAAGAAGAGAGAGAGCUCAGGUGCUGGAAUCUUGGAAAAUAUUAUUUCUCAUCUGCCAGAAUUAGAUGAAGUUCCAACGACAGAAGAGGCAUCAAUUUUGAUCCACUCUGUGAUUGACUAAAGAGGACUUCAACAGCUCAACUCAUUUCCAUCGGUUUUGUUUAUGUGGCUUUUGAUUUUGGUAUUUAUCUUUGUGUUUAUUUUUUCUUUCUUUUUUUUUUUUUUUUUUUUGUUUGUUGUGAAUUUGAAAUCUUCUCCACACUAAUUAUGAGUCCAUCAUGGUCUUUGUUUUGUCUAUUUUUCCACGAGUUCUUUGGUAAACAUGUAGGUCCACAUGUAGAAUAUGAUAAUUAAAAUUAUUUCUCGAAAAUUCAUAUGCCAUACGGUAAUUGGUGUUAACAUGAAUCAUGAUGACUAAUGUUUACCCUUUAAAGAUGACUACUUUUUUUAUUAACUCACAUAUAAUUUUGGAUUUAUGUCAAUAAUAAUUCGACUGCUUCCUAGUCAACAACUUUGUUCUAAACAUGCGUAACACUGUUCCUCUCCACCUACAUUGACGGACCUAUAGGCUUAUAUAUUCAUCACUAG